AGAUUCAUUCUAAGGGUAGAUCCAACCGCCGUCAUGUAUUCCCUUAGGAACUUCUCUCCAGCUGAUCCUACAGUUGCCAGGUGGCUCACCUACAUCUGGAUGUUUGAUUUUCAGUUGGAGCACAUUCUAGGGAAUAAGAACAGAGCGGAUGGGUUGAGCAGGAUAGAGUGGGAGAAGCCUGGAGAAGCUAAGGAGGAGGCGCCGCCGGUAGACGGAUUCUUAGAAGAAGACGAUAUGCAGCUCCACGUUAACGCGUGGGCUCUGAGAAUCGAUAACAAUGAGGCAAGAGAUGGAAAACCUAUGUGGUUCGCACCAACGACUUUUAUGAAGGAUGGAAGGUUGGUAUUAAAGCCUUUCGUAGAAGAGGACCCAUGGGGAGAAAGGAAUGGGGAAUGGAUGGCGGAGUUAGCCUUGGCUGAAAGCUACAGGUUGACGGACGAACCUGUUCCAAUUGAGGCAGGGACAGGGCAAGUGGAUCGGCAUUUAUUGACAGUGGGGAGAGUACAUUACCUUGUGAACUCUCUCCUGCAAGUCCGGACCGGAGAAGAAAGAGGAACAGUAAAGGCGGAUGAGAUAGUAUUAGGAGAUGAACCAGAGUUUGAUGAGGAAAUGGAGGGAGAAGAAUUUGAGCAAGGUGAAAUCUCUGAAGAUUUUCGGGAAGAAGAGUACGAUGGGUUUCAUCUAGAAAUGGGGCUUCUUCUUUCAGGCGACAAGCGAGAAAGGGAAGUUGGUGAGAAAACUCUCCGCAUGAGGGACCAUUAUGUAGUGAGGGGUGACCAUCUCUUCAUCAGGGAUGAAAGAGGACGUCCUAGAAGGGUUAACUAUGGCAGGAAUCGGCAGAUUGAUGUUAUAGCGACCUUCCAUGAUGGACCUGUUGGUGGUCACAGGGGUUUUGCCGCUACCCUCAAGAAAGUGACUGAAGUGUACUUUUGGAAAAACAUGUACGGGAUGGUUAGAAAGUACUGUGAGUCAUGUGUGUCGUGCAAGGUCAGAUUGCCGAUCAGGUAUAAGGAGCCUCUUCAUCCGAGGUAUAUCAAGGAUGUGGGGGCAGUAGUUCACCUGGACCUGCUGGCAAUGCCGCCGGGACUUGGGGUUUACAACUACAUCUUUGAUGCUAGAGACAAUCUCACGGGAUUUGUUGAUGGGAAGACCAUCCGGACCAAGACUGGGGCAGAGGGAGUGGGCACCCCAACCAUGCUGCUCAGAGUGACAGGUGUGGGGGAGUGUCAAUUGAAGAUUGAGGAAAUCACCACCGACUGUCUGGGGUGGAUGACCUUCAAAACGGAGAUGCGGGCUGGGUAUGGGGAUCUGAGGAGAGAUGAGAAUAAGGAUGAUAUCAUCUUUAAUGGGACUAAUGUGGAGGAUUUUGAGGACAACAUUGCUCUGUAUGCAGAGAAGAAAGGGUGGAAGGAAGAGGAGAAGCUGGAACAGAAGCAGCCUGCAUUUGGACCAUCUUCUCCACCGACGCCAAGGCCUCCCAUCGACGUUGACGCCUUGUACUUCCUCGAGUACAAAGACGGCGUUCGGACAAAGCGGGAGUUCGAGAUUAGCCCUGCGCAGGUCGUCGACCUCGGGGAGUGGGAGGACCUGUACAACCAGCGGUCCCUGGAUCCCGUGCUCGUGGAAGGGAUCAAAGAAGCGAUGCGGUUGGCGAUCGAAAACAAAGAGCAGUCUUACGAGUUGCCAACCCUGAAGCUGGCACCGCUGAGGCUUGAUAAACCGACUAUCGGGACCAAGGCACAACGUCUGAGGCUGGAGGAUUGGAGGGAUGAUCUGGCGGGACAAUACUACUACUACGCGGUGUGUGGGCAACACAACGCGGCUGCAGCGAGGUCGCUGCUCGGCAGCGUGGUGACUAGAAAGUACAAUUUCGAGUGGUGGUCGGCACGAAUGGUGUACUUUUCGGAGUACGACUUCGAAGGGCACGACAAGAGCCCGGACGCGGAUUGGAGCCAGAAGUGCCCGUUCCUGAACAUAAGGUUCACAAUUUUCAAGAAGUUCGAGAGCCGUGGUUUGGAUACUGAGUUGUGGGACGACAGCAGGAAAUACGUCAUUGACUCCUCGUUGUUCAAGGACUGCCCGCCUUACAUGGGUUGCGACGCCGACCAAUCGAUCCAGGCGACGGAGAAGUUAGCCGGUCACAAGAAGUUGUCCGUGGACUGGAGGAAUAAGGUCCUGUCCGUGUUGACUGGCAGUAGACUAAAGAGUCGCGAGAUCGCGCUUGCCGAAGGCAUUGUGCACAUAAAAUGGAAAGACACGGGCGACGUGACAUCCAUCGCGUCGUUCGACAACGACCCCUUGGAGGCGGACAUCAGGAGUGCGGAGGUGAAGGAGGCAGUGGUUGCCACAAAGAGCCACACGUUCGUCCUCGAUCUCUGCGAACCGGUGGACCUGAAGCUGUGGAAAUCGCAAGCGUUCGACAGUCUGGAUUCCCAACUUCAGAUGUGGUGUCCGUCGCAUUGGACGCUCGUCGUUUUCGUGUCGCGCCAACAGAACCUCUCGUUUCUGACCAGCAUGAACCAUCUUUCUUUCGUAAAGCUGCUGGAAGGGAAGUGGGUGAGGAGGAAUCAUCAGAAGAAAAGUUUCCCCGUCGGGAACAAUUUGUACACGGAAGACGAUCGGAUGUACAUCCUCUUCAAAGGUGACGAGUUGCGCACUAACACGUCCAUCGUCUACGAGGGGAAACUGGUGGCAGGCAAUGCUGCUGCAGUGCGGCUGCCACAGAAGGUUACGCAAAUGGAUGUGUCCGACAUUCCGUUCAACCCUUGCGACUGGUCGCAUACCUCGCCUGCACGUCGGGGCAGUGUGUACGGGGACAUGGAACGCAACCCCGCCCAAUUCGUCAAUCUUCUUGAAUCCAUCAACAAGAAGGGGGAGGGUGUAGUCUUCCUUGGGAAGCCACACGCGCGAUCCGUGUGGGAACUACUGAAGGCAGGACGACACGUCAUCGCGAUGGAAGGGAACGCCGACCUGUUGCAAUUUGCAAUUGAUCUCGUCAAAAGCGAGGUCAAUUCAGGUGCCCACAAUUGCGAGUUCAUGGUCGUCAACGGGACUCGGGCUCACACGUGGAACAACAAGACGGACAUAUGGUUCAAGUUGAUUGCGAGGAAGCGGAACAAGAUAUACGACUUCUUGCUCCUGCAAACGCGGCCGAAGAAGGACACUGACGCCGAGUACGUGCGCCGCAAGGACCACAUGUUCACGCUGCUCGACAACUACCACGGCGCCUCCCGUAUGAAUGGGAAGACCUUCCUCGAGAGGUUGCAGUCCCUGUACUUCGUGGAGUCAGAGAAGGAGUUGACGUUCGACAGUUACUCUUCCUUGAUCUCCACGGAAGACGAGGAGACCACCGGCAUCGAGUUCGACGCGAAUGUGAACGAGGAGGGCAGCGACACCGAAAGCCUCAACCUGCAAUACUACCCACAUCCCGCGCAGCACGCUACAGGGUUGUCCUUGGAAGGUCCGUCAACAAGCCCGACAUCCCUCGUGUCACCGAUGGUGAAACAGGCGCCUGACACUACCCCGAUGAAGUUGCUGGAGAGACUGCAAGCUCUGGCCUCCGACCAUCGCACACUGCGUCCCGGGUCUGACAUCCCGCCCGAUCAUCUGUCUUGGAAGAAUGACAACAUUCACUUCCUGCCUGAGCCUCAAAGUCAUUCCCCUGAGGUGGACUGGGGCCAUGACAUGAUUUGGCAUCCAGGAGUCAUCCAGCCAGCGAUCCGAAAGGGCGACUGGAUCAUGGACGUCGCUGUCCUGGGCGGAGGAUGGAUGCCCCUCCCUCGCGGGUCGAAGUCGAACUUCCUCGACGUCUCUAGAAUUGCAGUGCUUCAAAAAGUGAGGGCCGAGAAUGACUCGUUUGCACCCAACGACGUGUCCGUCAUUUCCACAGCUGGGCGAUUGUUCAACGAACUUCGGGACAAGCGCUGGUUGGAACUGACGGAGGACUACUACGACCUCGAUACGAUUCCCUCGAAGGGAAGGGUGGACUGGAAAAUCCCACCUCCAGGUGGGACGCAUGAAGACGGCGAAGUUCGCCGGGAUCCGAACUUCUUCAGGCAAGGGGGGCCGACCAGGGAUUGCGGUGCCGGCGGGAGGGGCUGCGUGCGUGGAGCCAGAAGGGCAUUCGUCGGAAUUCGACAUGGGUUCGGGCGAAGUGGCUGGAUUGCAAGGGACGGAGGCAGGGUAAUGGACGAAGAGAAGGAAGGAGAGGAAGGAGACAAAGGGGAGGAAUGGGAGGAAGGAGGGGACGAAGGGGAGGAAGAAGAGGAGGAAGGGGAGGAAGGGGGAGAAACGGAGUUGGGUGAGUUGUUCGGAGGGAAGGAGGGGGGAAAAGGGGAAGUCGGUACUGGAGACGACGGACGGACGUUCCGCGACGACGAUUCCGGAUCUGGGGAGUCGUCUGACGGAUUCCGGCAGCUGUACGGAGAACAUCGCGAGGAAGACGACGACGACGAUGACACGACACAGGUGGUUACCAGCCUUUCGGCAGAGCGUGAUGACUAUGAGGGCCAAGCAAUGACGUCUGUCGUUGAUCUCCAACACCGGUUCAACGAGGCUCGUGUUGCUGUCAGCCUGUCUAAACCGAGUGUCUGUAUAGACGUCGAAGAAGUUAUCGAUGGCAUCCUGGGUGACCACCACAUGUCCGCGCAGCCGUCCUCGACGCCUGAUGUCGACGACCCUCGCAACAUCAAACCUUCCGCGACAUCUGCCGUGGCUUUCUCGCCGCCGAACUCUCCGAUACUGCCACCGACCAUCGCCAGAGGAGGGGAAGUACGGGCAAUGACACCUGGAACAGGCUGGGGAGGAUUUACUGCAGUGACUGCGAUUGGAAGCUUGCGGGUUUUGGACGAUAUUAAACGAGGCUUGGUGCCACCUAACACUGUUCUCUCGACCCUCGACGAUGGUCUUGACCACCGGUAUAAAGAAGGCAGGAUGGCGCAGUGGCUGGCGUCGCCAACCUACUCAGAUGGACCAGAGAUGCCAAUAGAUGUGAAGGGUGGGGUAUCGGUCGUAAUGCCAGAGGAAGGAACGUGGACGGACCUGGAGCCAGCCUAUCAAACCGUAAUGCUGGCCGAAAGUGAUGCUUUCCUAUGGAUUGAAACGAUGUGGAGUAAGGUAACCUUGACUAGGAUAACGUCGUGCCUAUUGGACUUAGAGUUCCGGGGGACCGUGGAAGCCCGGGGAUGGAUCUACCUGUCAAAGGAGAGGGAGACUGCGAUGGUUGUCGAACUCGCCUUGGGGAAACUUCUGUACAAACUGUCCAGGGAAGCCGAGUGGGAAGUAGUGUGGGCCGUGUGCCAACGAGUGGAAAUGACGAUGGAAUCGAUUGAUGUGCGGGUAGAACUUGGGGAUAGGGAAAACGUGCAGAAGCCGUACAGGGCCCUAAGAGGAUGGACACCUAGGAGGGUUGAGGGCGGGGUAGAGAUGGUCUUGCCAACAAGGAACGAGUGGCGCGGCGCGGCCUGCGACUGGGUGAGAGUAGAUAUGGUACCGACUAUGUUCUUUCUGUGGGUAGAACGGGUGUGGGAUCCGGUUCGAGAAAAUGAGGCGUGGGAUGAAAUAGCCGAGGGGAACGUGGAAGCACUUGGGACGGUGUGCCUUUCGAAGAAUGGGUGGUAUAUGUUUUGCACGCACGUAGCGGCGGGACGAGACCCGAUGUGGACUUUAGAGGAUGCCGAGUGGUUAACUUGGGCAAUGGGGCAGGAUUUUGCAAAUGAGGGGUGGGAUGAAGUGGGAAGCAGGGUCAUGAUGGGGGGAUGGGAGGACCUUAGGCUCCCCUACCAGUUAGUCCAGGUGAGGGUGCCGCAUUUUGUUGCAGACUGGUUCGGAGGGUACAAACAUAUCCGCGCCGUAGCGGAAUCCAUGGACGAGGUAGAGAUAGGCUUCGCCUGGUUAUCAGACGCUUAUUACGAGGCGUCAUUGCGAUUCGGGCCGUUUCACGGGGACCAGGCUGAGGAAGUGGUCGAGAUCCUGAAGGAACUUAAGGACUACCGACUUGAGGUAGGAGAGGAAGUCGAGGAGGCGAUACUCCAACUGGUAGAGGACACAGUGUACCUGGUGGUGGAACUAGAAUGGCGCGCAAGGGGUGAGUUUGGGGGCACCAACCUGGAAUUGCCAGGACGGGUGCGCGCGACAGGGUCCCUGUACUUGUCGGAUGCGGGAUGGCGGACCUUCGGGGUGGCCUUGGCGGAUGGCGGUGACCCCGUACGGAUGUUUGACGGGGCGUGGCAAGUGACCUGGAGGGAUGGGUUUGCGUUCGCCAACCCGGACCGGGAUAACAUGACGGCGACCGUCCGGGUGGUCGAGGUAGGAACUAGUAUCUUGCCUUAUGAAAAUGUGCGCAUGGUCUUGCCACCCUUUUUGCUUGAGCGAAUGAGAGGGGUAGAACGUGCCGAGAUGGCAGUGAUAGCCCUGGGUAGGUUGAGUUUUGGUAACAUGACCAUCUAUCGAGAAUACUACCGAUCCUUUCUGGAACUAGGGCCGCUCGAUGAGGAGCAGGAGUACGAGGUGCUAAACAUUCUACAGGCCGUAGUGGGCACUAGACCUGGAAUACCAACGGUAACCGAGGAAGUCGUGUGGGAGAUAGCUAGGUGCGAGAUAGGAUGCGGGUUGACGUAUGUGGACGACAUCCGCCGGCUGUUCGAGGGGGAAGAAGAAUAGGAGGGCAGAAAAGAAAAGCAAGGGGGAAGGUAGAUCAGCGGGAUCGGGUUAUAAGGGGACUUAAAGAAAACU